AUGUUUGAUUGUAAAAAUGAUAUCUUCAAUAUAUUGUGUCAAUAUGAACAUUAUAAAAAUAGCGCUUCUGAUUUAACAAGCAAAACACUAUUUAUUAUUCUAUUAAUAUUGCAAAUUAACAUAUAAGAUCUUAUUGAUUCUGCAAAUUCCUUGUUUUUCGCCUUAAGCGGAAACUUUCAAUUAAUGAAAAAAUAAAUAAAAUCCCAAACAAAUAAUGCAUAAGAAAGAUAUGAAUAAAUCUAAACGAUAUUUUUGAUCGAUCAACAUUUCAGAAAUUUCUAUUAGAUAGGCUUAGAUUAAAAUUCACCAGAAUAAAUUAAAAACAAUUAAUUAUUUAAAUAAUUUUUAUAUUCGUUAAAACUCACUCUAAUCUUGAUUUAUCUAAAAAUUAGAAAAAAAUAUAGUUUUAAUUUAAAAUAAAAAAAACAAAAAAAUUUUACAAUAAAAAAAUAUUUUAAAUAAUUUUAAGAUUUAAAACAAAUCUAGAUAAAAAAAAUAUUGUUUUUAUAAAUCAUUUAAUUAAAAUUAUUAAAAAUAUAAAUUCAUCAAUUCAUAAUAUAUUAUUAUUAUAUUUAAUUGAAAAUAAGAAAUCCAUUCUUUGUAGUGUUUCAUCAAAAAUAUUUGUUUUUUGUGAUUCUAAUCAAUUAAAAUAAGUAAAACGAAAAAAUUUAGUUUAUUUAUCACACAAGAUAGGAAUGA